ACAACAUCCAUGCACGUAAUCCGGCAGAACGAGGGCGGUGAAGCUUGUGUAAGAAUUUGGCUCCCGCUUGGUCAUGGCCCCCCUGCACGCGCUGCAAUUGGCGACGCCAAAAUUUCGAAUCUCGAAGUUGGCGAGCAUCGAAGUGCAUUCGGCGGAUCAGUUAUUGUUGGGAUCAGGUUGGUACACCCCACCGUGUGUCCAAUUCACAAAAUGCCUCCGAGAAUACGAUGCGCGAUCCCUCGUGGCCUGGGUUCGGCCGUUAACCCGUCGAGGAUAUCGAACCGAUCCGCCGUCCUCCGCCUCCCCUCAGCAUCUGCACCAUCCACGACCACGAGGCAGUAUGCCACAGCUGCCGCAGCGACUGUUUCCGGCGGCUUCAGAUUACCAGAUGACUACGUCCCUCCUACCAAACCCCCGACCGCACGCCCGUCCGACACACGAAAGUCCCAGCUCCUCCGUACCUACACCUCUCUACUCCGCUCGACACCCCUCAUCUUGAUCUUCCAACACAACAACCUCACGGCGGUAGAAUGGGCCGCCGUGAGGCGGGAGUUGAGGAUCGCCCUCGACAACGUCUCCACCGAAGGGUCAGACUCCGCGGACAUCGCGUCGAGAGCUCAAUUGCAAGUGAUCCGGACGCGCAUCUUCGACGUCGCCCUCAAGAUCGUCGAGUUCCACGACCCGUCCAAGGUUGCUCCUACAACAGUGUCCGCUCUUACCGGAAAGAAAGUACAGGUGGUGUAUAACCACGACUUGUCGAAGGCGGCCUACGACGCUUCCAAGAACGCCACGAAGGGGGACGAGCCAUUACCCGAGUCAUCCUCCUAUGGCCAGAUUUCGCCGCUGCUUAUCGGGCCGCUAGCACUUUUUACUCUGCCAGCCGUGUCGCCAGCGCAUCUGGCCGCCGCCUUGAGCAUCCUCUCCCCGAGCCCUCCUGCGUUCCCCGCGCCGAGCAAGAAGAAGAACCCCGGGUACCACGACGCCAUCGCCCAGGGUGGGCUCCAGAAACUCAUGUUAGUUGGUGGGCGGAUUGAGGAUAAGGUCUUCGAUCUGGACGGAGUCAAGUGGGUUGGCGGGAUCGACGGCGGGCUGGACGGACUGCGCGCGCAGCUUGUCUACAUGCUCCAGAGCGCCGGUCUUGGCCUCACCACCACGUUGGAGGGUGCGAGCAAGAGCCUCUGGCUUACCAUGGAGAGCCGCCGGAGUGUUCUGGAGGAAGAGCAGAAUGGGGGGAAGGAAGGGGAGAAGAAGGAGGAGACAGCGUGAGCCAGGGGACGCUGAAUUGGUUAGAAUUGUACCACGACACGCCGCAUAUAGCGUGGGGUUUGGCGAACGCCGCAUUGCAGUAGAUGUGAGAUCUAAACUUGUA